CCCCAUUGUCCAAUAACAAAGUAACUAACAACCCCAACAACAACGUUUACCAUUUCAAAAAUUGUCUUACAAAAAGAAACGUUAUACAAAUCAUAACCCAAAGAAAAAUAUUACAGAAGAAAAAGUUUCAGUUUCUCUAAUUUUCCCACCUCCCAAACAGCCGAAAAUUACCACUGAUGCCUAAUUGGGAACUAAGUACCUGCUGUCAGCAUGACCAGGUCGUCUUUUUGGUCACCAUUGGUGUCUUUUCCCUUGUUAUCCUCGCUCUAUGGAGGACAGUACUAAUGACACCUUUUAAGCUCAUUACGGUGUUUAUGCAUGAAGCGAGUCAUGCAAUUGCUUGCAAACUUACAUGUGGUGAUGUGGAAGGAAUUCAGGUCCAUGCAAAUGAAGGUGGGGUGACACAAACGCGCGGCGGUAUAUAUUGGAUAAUCUUGCCCGCUGGAUAUCUUGGUUCAUCAUUUUGGGGGAUGGCUUUAAUACUUGCAUCCACAAAUCUCACUACUGCAAGGAUAGCAGCUGGUUGUUUGGGCGUUGCUUUGUUGAUUGUGCUCUUUGUUGCUGAGAAUUGGACACUUCGAGGUCUUUGUAUUGGAUUCAUAAUUUUCGUCGCGGUUGUGUGGGUAUUGCAAGAAACAACAACAGUACGGAUCCUUCGAUAUGUUAUUCUGUUCAUUGGAGUAAUGAACAGCUUGUUUUCUGUUUAUGAUAUUUACGAUGACCUAAUAUCUAGAAGAGUUCACUCUAGUGAUGCUGAGAAAUUUGCAGAACUUUGUCCUUGCCCUUGUACCGGUGUCGGCUGGGGAGUCAUCUGGGGAAUGAUAUCAUUUACUUUUCUAUGCGGAGCCAUAUAUCUUGGACUUGUGAUUUUAUCCUGAGGUUUCGAAAAUCUGAACAAUGUACUUCUGGAGGGGAUUCCGUACUCACAUUUUGGCCAAUGUAUGACAAAUCUGUAAUUCUGAAACAUUGUAAUUGGAUUCAUCGGGACACUUGUAGUGUGUUCGUGUGUAGUCUAGUCUGUAUGUAUGUAUGGCUUCAUUCUUUUAGCCCUUCUUGUUUGGGGUUACAUUAUACCAAUCUAUGAUUCAUUUGUACAGAUUACCAUUUUUACAAAAUUUCAGUGGGAAAUCCCCUUUGCAAACA